AUGGGGAAAGGCGGAGCGGGCGCAGGGGGAGCCGGGAUGGGCGGCGGCGGGGGAGGCGGCGGGGGAGGCGGAGCGGCGGGAAGCGCGGUGCGCGUGUGCGUGUUCGACUCGCGGCGGGGAAAACGGGAGGGGGAAGAGGCGGAGAAGCUUCUGUUCUUCUUUCCGCCUGCCACUCCGCCGUCCGAGCAAGUGGCUCUACUUGGCCUCUGGGAGGGGUUACUCGCCUUCACUAGAAUCUUCUCCCCCGAUCGCCCCUGUGAGGUGAUGCGAGCGCAUUUCAACCACCACGUGCUGCUGGAGUGUGAACCGGGCAUCUUCAUGGUGCUGGUGGUGGAGUGUCGGGGGGUGAACGGCAUCGUGCCGCCUGACGCUACAGUGCGCGACGAGGCUCUUCGGCAGUAUCUGGUGGAGGCGCAUGCGCUCUUUUGUCUCUUCUUCGGCAGCAUCGACCGCCUGUUGCAACAGCAGCAACAGCAGCAACCCCACCCCCCGACUCACCCCUCAACAGCACCAGCUACUGCACCAUCAGCCACCGGAACCUCAUCAAAUCACCCCUCAGCAGCAACAACUGCUGAGCCCUCAUCAAAUCCUUCAGCAGAAUCUCAGUCCAACACCCUGUCACAAGAUUCUCUUUCACAUGCCGCCCCAUCGGCCAAUCCUCCCUCAGCCGAUCUAGCACGUGCUUGCCUGCAAGCCUUUCUGCCGGACUUCCUCACAGAGCCCUCUGCUCUUGCAUUCCCCUUCGCCCUCUCCGCCCCCACAGCCACUCCGCCCCGGCCCUCCCCUCUCGCAUUCCCCUUCGCCCUCUCCGCCCCCUCCACUCCUCGGGCGGCUCCCCAGAGUCCCCCGCUCUCGCAUUCCCCUUCGCCCUCUCCGCCCCCUCGUCUCCUCGAGUCUUGUUUCCAGUCGACUCGAUCCUUAGUGCUUUCCCUCUCCCCCGUGUCCCCCCAGGCGGCUCCCCAGAGCCCUCCGCCCUCGCAUUCCCCUUUGCCCUCUCCGCCCCCGCCCAAGCUCCGUGCUCAGCCCCCCCUCUCCGCCGCCGCCCCUCUGCCCUCCGCCCCCGCCCGCCCCUUCGUUGGGUCCAUUUAUAUGCGAUUCAAGCUCAGUGCUUCUCCUUACCCGCUUCAUUGCAUUUUCCCCUCACCCCCUGCGCUGCUUCCCCCCUUCCCCACUCAUCCAUCCAGGCAGGUCACCAGCGUCCUCCGCUCCCACAUUCCCCUUUAUCCUCUCCGCCCCCGCUACUCCUCCAGUCCAUUCUCGAGUCGAAUCAACCUGUGCUUCCCUUUUCCUGCCCGCACUCCUUCCCCUCCCCCUCAUCCCUCCAGGCGGCUCUCCAGAGCCCUCCGCCCUCGCAUUCUCCUUCGCCCUCUCUGCCCCCGCCACUCCUCGAGUGCGCCUGCCUGCUCUCCUCGACUCCCUCUCCAACCGCCUCUCCUGUCGCCAACUCAACCUUCCACGCUCGCUCACCCUCCCUGCUCUGGUAAGCCCUCCGUGGCUCUCCCUUGUUCAACCAACCCCUACACCACUUCCAACCACUCCGCACCCCCCGCCACUCCUCGCGUCCGCCUGCCUGCUCUCCUCGACUCCCUCACCAGCCGCCUCUCCUGUCGCCAGCUCACCCUCCCUGCUCUGGGCACUCCUUCGUCCCUGCAUGCAUACCAGCACCUCCCAUCAGUCACUCACCCAUCGCCAGAUCCCGUCAGUCAAAGCAGGCAUCUAUCUGCUGCCCCGUCGUCUUUCCUCUCUCUCACACCCCUCCCUUUUUUCUCCUGCUUUGCUAAUCCCUAUCCCCCUCCCACCAGUCACUCGCCCAUCGCCUGGCAGGCGCCUUUCAAGGCGCGGCACCGCUGCUCUGCCGCAACCUCUUUUCUAGAUCAACCCCACCACUGCUUAUCCCUUCUCCCUCCCAUCCCUCCCCGCCUGCCCCUCCCACCAGUCACUCGCCCAUCGCCUGGAAAGCGCCUUUCAAGGCGCGGCGCUGCUGCUGCUGCCACAACCUGCUGCUUCUUCCUCUGUUCUCUCUCUUACACCGGCCACCCCCUUCUCCUGCUCUUCUUCUCUUCUCCGCCCUCCCCCUCCCCCCCCCCUCCCUCCCCCUCCCACCAGUCGCUCGCCCAUCGCCUAGCGGACGCCUUUCAAGGAGGGGCGCUGCUGCCUCUGCCGCAACCUGCUGCUCGCCUCUACCCGAUCUCCCUGCUCCUGCUCUGCUUCUCCCCACCUCCCCCCUGCCCCCUCCGACCAGUCACUCGCCCAUCGCCUAGCGGACGCCUUUCAAGGAGGGGCGCUGCUGCUCUGCCACAACCUCCUGCUCGCCUCCACCCUCUCCCCGGUAACCACACAUGCUCGCCUCCACCCUCUCCCCGAAUGACACAGCAGCAUAGCCUCCGAGUUUUUAGUCGACUCAAGUGUCACUUCUCCCCCUUCCCUCCCUCCCGUCUCCCCCCUCUUCCUCUUCUCCCCCCUCUCCCCCCCCUCUCCCUCAGGCCGACACUGCCGACACUGCAGCACUACACUCCUACGCAGCCCGUGCCUUCUCCCCUCCUCCCCUUUCCUGAAAUUGACCUUAAAAGUCACUCCCUUUCCACGUCAGCAUGGGGAUUAGAUCCCCAAACCAGCACCCCUCUUCCCCCUCUUGUCUACCUAAGGUCUUUGGGAGUCGAGGACCUGACAGCACUGGUGGUGGAACCACUACUGCCAACAGCAGCAGCAGGAGCAAGGGAGGGACAGAGGAGGAACGAUGAAGCUGAUCAAGCGAAUCUGCACCCCGAGCUGCUGAGGGAGAUGGAAGCACUGGAGGCGUCGCUUCAACGGCACCACAUCAACCCGCAAGCAGCCCACAUUCAGGGCUGCCGCUACCUCUGCACCGACCCGCUUCUCCACUCCUUUUCUGCCUCCCCGCCCUGCAAAGUCACCACCCUCGCCAAGGAUUCCCUUGCAGUGCUGAACCAGAUGAGACACGAGGCGGACAGGCAGCAGCAGAGGAGGGAGAUGCUGAGAGUGCAGGGGGGAGAAAGAAAGAGAAGAGAUGCGGUCGUUGGGAGGGCAGAAAGAGGAGAGAAAGGCUGGAAGGAACAACAUCCGGCCGGCACACGAGGGGAAGAUUCAGAGAUUGAGAAUUCCAAGGGCGAAGAGGGGGAUAGUGGAGGGAGAGAGACGGAGGGAGCAGCAGAUGUGGGAGGCGAGGAGGAGCAGAGUGUAGCUGUUGUUGGGGAGAGGAAAGGGAUGAGUCCAGAGAAGGGAGGAGAGGGUGGGGUGGAAGAGGCGGGAGAGGUGUGGCUUGCGGAGGGGGAUGAGGAGGAGAGUGAGGAGGAAAGUGAGGAGGAGAGUGAGGAGGUGGCAUCAAAGGUGGGAAGAAACGCGUGGGUGGUGGAGAGGAGGAGUGGCGGGCGGCAGCUGGUGGUGGCAGUGGAGAGAGGAUGCGACUCCCUGCUGGGAGCAGAAGAACUUGUGGAUCGACUGAAUUCCCAGUGA